AUGUCGAUUGUUAAAGAUGAUCAAACAUCAAAUAUUCAUUUGAUGUAUCAAAAAGAUAUUUUAAACCAAUGGGCAAUGGCGAAAACAAAAUAUUUAAAUCAAUAUAGGUUAUAUGAAGAAGUAGCAAUCAAGAUCGUAAAAGAUUCUAAUAAGAAUAAAGAUCCAUUCUUAAAAGAGUUAAAAGCUUGUCAUAGCUUAGAACAAUAUCUAGGAAUAUCAAGAGACGAAAAAACGGACGAUUAUAUUUUA